AAUUCAGAAUAUGCCCAAGUUACAAAAAUGCUAGGCAAUGGUAGAUUGGAAGCUACCUGCUUUGAUGGUAGCAAGCGUUUAUGCCACAUCAGGGGAAAGCUCCGAAAAAAAGUUUGGAUUAAUGGAGGAGAUAUUAUUUUGGUUGGGCUUCGAGAUUACCAGGACAACAAGGCCGAUGUCAUUCUCAAAUACACACCAGAUGAAGCUAGGAAUUUAAAAGCAUAUGGAGAACUGCCUGAAUCAGCCAAGAUAAAUGAAACCGAUGCUGGUGACGACAUGGAUGACAACGUACUCUUUGAUGAUUGUGACGUCGACGAUGAUGACAUAGAUGAUGUAAGUGAAUUUUUUUCAUCUUUAUUUAUUUAUUUUUUAUGUCAUUAA